CUCUUCCCUACCCAGAAGGCCCAGCGUAUUUUUGGUACGCCCAAAGUUACGUCAUCAAUAACGUAACUGGCGGUAUUUUGAAAACGAGCUGGUGGUGAAGUUCACCCGUCUUGUCAGUGAGUGUAAUAGAAUAACUAAUCAUAAAGGGAAGCAGCUAAAAUUUCAGAUAUGAGUUCAGAUGGAGUGCAGCAGGAGAAUGUACAGUCACUGGACAAAGAGUCGGAGGUCGAGGAAGCCGCACCUUUCAACGUUCCCUUUUACACGGAGUGCUCAGAAGCAGCACAGGCGGAACUGAUAAACCAGUGUGAAGGGCAAUUUGCCCAACUGGAGAUGCUUCAGAACCAGAUAAUUUUUGCAGAGCCAGACCCGGAUGAAAGCACACAAGAACUGUCAGUGAAUAGACUGACAGCGGUAGCAGCAGAGCUGAAGCAGUGGCAGACCAUGCAGCCAGAACUACUGUCCCCAAAUUCUGAGGUGUUACUCGCCGUUGGAGCAGAGGAGUUACAGAAGCUGAAUUCACAACUGGAGUUGGUCUUCUCCUGUUCACAAGCCAAGAGAGACAAACUGAGAGAGAGUCUUAAAAGGGAGCAGAAAUGGUUGGAGGAGAAGAAGGAAGUUUUCAGGGCAGCCACCGAACAUGUGGCCAAUCAGCGAUUGGAGAAUGAAAGGUUAUCAGAAAAUAGGGUUUUGCGGGACACUAAGAAAAAGAUCCAGAAGAUGAAGGACUACCAGGACAGGCUGAUGGAGACCCUGGCAGACAUACUGGAGGAACACUUCCCACUUCCUACAAUGGAAACCAGUGUUAACAAAAAGAAGAAGAACAUUCCCCAAGAUCUGAACCAGGAUCUCUUGUCACUCAAUGAAAUCCUGGAGCUGCUGAUGAACAAGACUCUGGACACUCCCCAUGAUCCCUACGUGAGAAUAGACGAGACGUUCUGGCCCCCAUACACAGAGAUGCUGCUACGCUAUGGCAUUGCUCUCAGACACCCAGAGGACUGCUUCAAGAUCCGACUGGAAGCUUUUUAUUAACAGGAAUGGUCAUAUUUAGGUUUUUUUUGUUACAAAGUCCCACUCAGUUAACAAAUCUGAAAUUGUCCUCAAUGUCCUCCUUGACAACUUAUUGGUUUCUGGGACAUGAAGUGGCAGAGAUAUAGCAGAAAUGAUUUAGGAUGGACUUAAAUUAAAUGAGAAGUUAUUGCAUUGGUUACAGUAUGGAUCCGUGUUUCCCAAUCCUGGUCCUCGGGACCCAAAGGGGUGCAUGUUUUUGUUUUUGCGCAAGCACUCACACACCGG